AGCGUAUCCCCCAACACCAACAUCCUGAAACGCCUGUUGAUCUGCAACCAGUUGUGCUCUGGAGUGAACCAGAGGAUAACAAAUUUUAACGGAGAUGGUUCCUCUUGCGCUCAUAAUCACGACAUGCUUAAUCCACCUCACCUGGAGCUACAAUGAAGAACUCUACCCCCUCUCCGACCCCGACUCCUCGUACCUCUACCCUGAAGACGUCCCCGACGAGACCGAAUUCGAAAUCCAUCGACGCAACAACAACAACUUCCUGCGCUUCGGCCGAAGCGGCCGGAAGUACGACUCGGAGUACGAGGACUACAACGAGGACUUCGCCCGACCGACUCGAUCGGGCAAAAUCGACAAAAAUAACGACUUCUUCAUCCGGUUCGGGCGCAGCAAGCAGGACUUUUUGAGGUUCGGGCGGGACCAGGAGAGGCCUGUGCGGGCCAAGAACGAGUUCCAUUUGAGGUUCGGGAGGAGCAUGGAGGGGUCGCAGGACAGGAGGCGCAGCAAGAGGGACACCUACCCCGAGUACAAGAGGGCCGGAAGCAACUUUUUGAGGUUCGGGAGGAACAGCAACUUUUUGAGGUUUGGGAGGAACAACGAAAUGGCCGCCACCGCUGAUCCUGAGAAGCAGGAAUCGCCGCUGAUUGUCCUGUUGACUGAGCUCGUGGCGACUUUGAAGAAGGAGCAAAUGAAGAAUAAUAGGAGUGUGUAAUGUUGUUGCUGAUGUUAUUAAUUCGUAUUUGAAAAUAAGAUUCAUGUGGCUGGAUUCUGAUACCCGCAGUAUUAUAACUUUAAAUGUUUACUUUAAGUGAUGUUUUAUAAAUUAUAUGUUAAUAAAUAUUGAGUGGAGACUAGGUAUAUUAUAUUAUUAAAUAUUGUUGUUGU